CCAUGGCGGGGUCGGGGCUGAGCGAACGGGAGCGGGCGGGCUGCCGCGACCUGCUGGAGCUCCUGCACACCGAGGAGCUGCUGGCGCUCACCGACACCGUCACCAACCGCCUGGUGCACCCGGAGAGCCGCCAAGAGGCCAUUCAUGCUAUUCUGGUGUACAGCCAAAACGUGGAAGAACUUCUGAGGCGCAGGAAAGUCUACAGAGAAAUCAUCUUUAAGUAUUUGGCGGCGCAGGGAAUCGCAGUGCCUCCUUCUUCAGAGAAACACCUCCUCAUCGAGCGUGUGAGGCAGCUCUGGAGCGGGCAGUUCACGGCACGAGCCUCAGAGACAGGGCACAGAAAACCUCCUGCACAGAGUCACGGAAAUGGACAGAAGUCACCACAAGAUGACGUUGGUGGUCUAGGAGGAGAAUUCUGCCAGUGGUAUUUUGAACUCCUGAACUCUCAACACCCUUUGGGAGUAAAAUCUGAAGAGACGUGGGGACCACAGCAUUUUUGGGAGGAUGCCAAACUGAAGUUCUGUUACAACACUUUGGAAAAAAACAUAGAACAAUAUGUGGGUGCAGAGAUGGUGAGCCUGCGCCUGCUGUCCUUGGUUAAAGAAGAAUGUCUCCUCUUCAACCCAAAUUUGCAUUCCAGUGGCCUGAAAUGUGCCAUGUCCCCUCAUGGAUUGGUGCUAGUGGCGGUGGCUGGCACAGUGCACAGAGACAAUGCUUGUUUGGGUGUCUUUGAGCAAAUCUUUGGGCUCAUCAGCUGCCCUGUGAGGAAUAACACCUGGAAAAUAAAACUGGUGAACCUUAAAAUAGUAGGACAGAACGCUCUGGAGCCUGGGAUGCAGAUUGAAGAACCUUCCAUAAAAUAUGAGUUAAACCAACUGAGAGAGUUCUAUGAUGGGGAUGAGCUGACUGUGUUUGAACCUCAGAAAUUCUGAGCAUUUUGUCACGGCUGGGUGAGGGACUGGGCUGUUGCUGCCAUGCAGUUUCUCUUCUCUGAGUAAGAUUUGCUGAGUGGCAAGCGGAGAUACAGGGAAUUAGCACAGGUGAUGCUUGUGGGCACUUUCCAAGAGCUAACAAAUGUUUCAUGGGUAUUCCUUCAGGUGUUGCACUGUCAUUAGAGUGGAGUUCGGUUAUUCAUAUUACAUUUAAAUGUGGAAUGGCAGCAGUGCGUAAUGAGGCAUUCACAAACUGCACAUUCUCUUGAGGACACCUGUUGAAACUCUUACCUGAGCUGUAACAGGAAGUCUUUGCAUCUGGCUUUUGAAAUUUGGGAGGGGUAAGUGUGUAAAUGGGCAUCUGAGUCCAAAGAAAACCAAUAGAAAACUCAAAACACUGAAUGGAGGCAGCUGCUGUGGGUGUUCUAAAUGUGAUUUAAUGGGACAGUGCAGGGAACUUGGCAUUGUUGAAGAUUUUUUUUUAACUUCUUUGCAUUAAUUGCUGUCCUUUUACCUUAUGGUUCCAGUUUUGUCAUGAGUACACACAAAUUGUUCUGUCUGCAUCCCCAAGCAGACAAGCUUGAGAUAGUUGCCCGUUUCUAGCGCUGACUGUCUGGGAUCAAGAACUUGAUUUCAAAACUUGCAGCAACACUGUAUGAACCAAAUGCUCUGAUAGUUAUUUUGUAUAUAAUUACAACAGAGUUCUUAAUAUAAUAGUUGUGAUUUUUGUAUGUUUUUUCAAAAUAAGUAUUUUGUUUACUCUGAGCUGCUUUAUUACAGGUACUGAAAGUCCAUUUGUUACCACUGGGUGGUUACAAUGAUAGGUCAUGCUAAGAAAAGUAUCCAAUUACAAUUAUGGCCUAUGAAAAACUUGAUUUUUUUCUUACUCUGUUUAUUUAUAGAAAAUUAGAGGUGAAAUGAGGUGAAAACUUCUUUAUCCCCAUCUUGUUUGGAUUGUUUGGGAGUUUUGUUUUAAUUUUCUGACUUUACUGUUUAAAGCUUUGAAAACAAACAUUCCCCAUAACUUAGCAGAAGCAAAAGAACUGUUCCCAGAUUUUUCAUGGUAAAGUGUGGCUGAGUGACAGGAAACAAGAAGGUUCAGUUAUGCACAGAACUGAUGUUUAUGAACAGUCUGAAUCUUGCUUUCUCUUUAAAGUAAUUUCUUUCCAAAGCAAAAGUUCAGCUACUGUGUUGGGAUGUUCUUUCUCAAUAAACAUCUGAGUUGUG